AUGAUUUACCCCAUCUACCUUCGUUUGCAAGUCAGGCAACUGGUGCCUGCUGGUCCUGUUGGCACUCCAGGCCACAGAGGCUCGGCUUCGGUCUUUCGCCAGAUAAUCAAGCUUUACUCUCAAUUACCUAAAUCCCUCUCCGACCCCUUUAAUUUCCUCGACGACCAAUGGUUCAUCCAACACAUUGUGGCACAGACCGAAGGGACGAUGGGCUACUGGUACUUUAGACCUUUGCAGAAGUGCGAUUCCAGGCAGCAGAUCCAACUCAAAGUCUCCGGACGCUUAAACAACACAAAAUUCACCCGUUGGAUCUAUCUCGCGGUCAUAGGCAUUGUCAGGUCGUUCCUCACCGGCGAUAUGUCCCAUAUCCAACUCCACAAUUCCUGGAUGGACUACAUCCAAGGUUCCCUGGCGGCCGAACUCACACUCGACCUAGCGCCGCGGGAAAUGCAGGAGCGAUGGUCUGAAUGGCUCCAUGUAUCGCUCAUAAAAACUGUAUUCAUCAACAACCUAAACGCAUACCAAGCUCUUCGAAACAUCGCCCCCAUAUUCCUCCAAGUGAUAUACUCAAUGCCGACUCUCUGGCCAGCCCAUUCCGACCUGGCACGAGUACCUCUACCGGGCAUCCUCGAUCUACCAACCCACCAAUUCGCCUACUUUUCACUCAUAGACUGCACCUACGCCAUGGUCUCGGGCCUCCCACAACAGGUUGAAUACGACACGACUAUCCACUCGCCGCUCCCGUCUUCGUCUCGCUACCAGAUCACGCACGGGUUUCCCAACGAGCUUCUGCUCAUGCUCGCUGAUAUCAACGCGUGUCGCGAUAUGUCCCCGCAUGCCCGCCGUCGUGGAUGA